AUGCCUAGUAUGCCAAAACUUCAACCGUAUAUGAAGUAUGGUAGGUCUGUGAGACACCUAUCCCUUGCCAACUAUUGCGGAGGUAGUAUUCCGGAUGUUCGAAACAGGGAGAUGAGCCUUAGCCAUAUGGAUCUAUUGUUGCCACAGUUCACAAAUCUCAAGAGUUUUACGAUACAACGGAGAAGCGGUGCAGGGCCCCCACUUAUGACAUACGUGUGUGCUCUCCAACAGGCCUUGAAGACCUGUCCAUCACUACACGAUGUUUUCAUUGAAUUUCGUUAUGAUAUUGGAGAUGUGUCCGACCUAUCGAUCCUCGAGGAUCGGCUUGCGCUAGAACCUUCAGUUCCAUACCCUCGUUUGCUGGACCUUACCGUUCGGCUCGGACAGAUGGCGUAUAAUAAUGAUCUCGCCCCAACCUACAGUCUACUGAACCUUAUUUGCAAAAUGAUUGGUGACUCUUCUCAAACAGUCCGAAACUUAAGGUUUGGCAUCGGUGUUCAUGAUCUACAUGAAGAUUUUGAUGAGGCUCUUUAUGAGCAAUCCGAUUGGGCUAUAAUCUCAAGAGAUCGAAGUAGUAAACCGGUGAUGAAUUUACUCAAGGUAGAAAAGUUGAUACUGGAUUUAACUGAGGCCGUGCUGUGCAACAGCUUAUUUUCAGAUUUCUGCUAUGUGGAUAGGGACAAAAUACGAGAGCUUGAACUCUGUAAUAUGGCUGCUACGGAGCCCUUUCCGAUAGAACAGGAGAUAUUUGAGUAUUCUUGCACUACUAGAACGGGGAAUAUGAAGAAACUAAAAUGGCUGAAAGAACUAAGAAUUUCCUUCCUGGAUACCGAGCCUCCUGCUGACGGAUCUCUUUCCCAGAUCGCGAAACUCUACAGUUCCAAAUGCAAGUGGCACGAUGUAGUAAAAUGCGUAGACCAGUCUGUUGAUGACGGCGACAAAGUGACUUGGAUGAUGAUGUUUAAGUUUUAG